GCAACAGUCAACUCAACAGAGAAUCAAAUCAAAACACACAGUACGGAAAAGAAAACAGAUUGGUUAAAAUAUCACAGCUGAAAAGUCGACGGUGUAUCUAUCACCGUCAGAGUUUCAGGUCUUUAAAAGAGACAUGAGCGAAAAAAUUCUUUCUAAUCUGAAUAAUUUUUCAGAAGAAGUUUCACUAUAUCAUACAAGUAGGCAUUAUAGAUACAAAAAGUAAAGUUUUUCUUAGCAAUUGUUUCUCAAGAAUGGACAAGAUGUCGGUCUACAGCUCUGGACGAAAGUCAUUUGUGUCCCACAGAUCCAGUCUUGCUAAAGCGAAGAAAGUUGAGAAUUUCAAGUUUACCAGUGAUUUAAAAAAACUAAUUCAAAAUUUCGUCAACCAGAAGGAACAGAAACGUUAUGAGGAAUUGGUCGUGCAUAUGCGAGAUAGUGGACUGGAAAUAAAGGACAAAGAUUUGAUAAUGCUAUUGAAAGAAGCAAGGUCGUGCAUUUCUCUGCUUGACAGGAAUUGUCAUUUGUUCGUGAAAGUUCUUUUGAUCCAAAAAUGGCCUUUUCGAGGUGUUGAGCUUGUAGAGGAAUAUCAAGGUUUCUUGCUGGAGCUUUGCUCAGCUCACAGCUUCUACACAGAAUUGGCAAUCAAUCAGCUUACAAAGUUGUUUUUACCUGAUGCGGUAGAGGAUCCAGAAUGGAUAAAUGGACAGCCUACUGAAGAAGAUAGAUUGGCUUUCAGUAGGGUGCAUGAUGUACUGAAGAUUCUUCUCCGUGUUAUACCGAUGUCAUCUGAGUUGUUCUUUUCAUCGCUUACCAAAAACUUUCCUUACCAUGGCAACGGUGCUCAUGUCCACGAGUGCUACGUCUACAAUCUACUCACAAUACUCCAGUAUCAGUCCAGUAUGCGCAGGGAUAUUCUCAAUCUCAUCAUUUCUCGACUUGUAACCCUGGACACCCACGCUCCCAAACGUGAAAUCGAGGAAAUGGAAGCGCGUAACAAAAUGGAAGAAGACAUGUUUGCAAUGGACGACGCCGAAGCCAUCAAGUCGAGCAAACACGAGCUGGCGCACACCCUGGACGUCUGCAUGGAAAUGCUGUUCCGCUUCUUCGAGAACGAACUACAUGACAGCAACAAGGUGCUCAUUUGGGACAAAGCGAAAGCUGCCUACCUCGAUCUCAUCAACAUUUUCGACUCUGUGAUCCUGCCGACGUUUGCCUUAAAUCAUGUACAGUUCUUACUAUUUAGGUUCGUCAGUAUGAAGUCGACUCUGUACAAUUUGUUUCUGCAGCACUUGUGGAAGAAGGUGCUCAACGUGAACACGUCUGUUGUGAUACGGCAGUCUGCUGUGGCCUAUAUGGCCAGUCUGCUCUCCAGGACCACCUACAUACCUCUCGUAACCCUGAAAGAGGUGUUGUCAAAUUUCGCCUCGUGGAUCCACGGUUACAUUUCGGCCGAAGAUUCGCAGGAGAACUGCAACCAAAGUAAACGUGUGCAUUGUGUUUUCUACAGUAUUUGUCAGGCUUUAUUCUAUGUGAUAGCAUUCAGGCAUCGUGAUUUUGCGCAGACCAAGAAAGAUUUGAUGUUCCUUCAGGGUCUGAACCUGUCGAAAAUAGCCACGUGCAAGCUGAACCCUCUGCGCGUGUGCCUGCCACAGGUGGUCAGCAACUUUGCGUCGAUCACGCGCACCUACCAGCUGGCCUACUGCUACUCGAUCAUCGAGCACAAUUCGCGCAACUCGAUUCCCGUCGUCGAGAGGGACGAGGCAGGACUCACCACCCAGCUUGACGAGGUCUACCUCGACAUGUUCUUCCCUUUCGAUCCCUAUCUAUUGCCCAGAUCGAAGAAGUACAUAGAUCCACUGUACAGAGCGUACGACGGGCCUUCAGCCGAAGAGGUGUCCUACAGUCGGCACAAGGACGACGAUGACGACUUCCUGAUGGAGUGCUCCUCCCCUUCGACCACAAUGCCCUCAUUCAGCUACGGCACAUCACCUGGAUUUCAUCUUUAAUAUGUUUGUCUCGAGCAAACCAGACGAAUUCGUUAUUUAUUCUGUGUUAAAUUGUUUAUAAGUUGAUAAUAUUUGUUCAAUAUAAGUUAAUUGAUCAUUAAAUUUGAAUAAAUGUAUUUUAAAUUGAAA